AUGGUGCAUUUUGAUAGUGACAAGAAAGGGAGUUCUUUCUUCCCAAAUACCAAAGCAACUAAAUUGCUGAUUUCCAAGGCCUUACCUAGUAGUGAGAGGGAUAAGAAUGGAGGUAAACAAGAGCUUUCUGUUUCCCUUCAUCCCUUGUUUUCAGCUGGAACUCCUAAGAAGAAAUCAGAGAUGCUUGGAUAUAAGAAAGAUGAACAGCACUGUUUUCCCUUAAGUAGCCCAGUGUUACUCCCAACAAAACCUUUGAAUUCAGAAGAAUGGGAGAAAAUAAAGGAAAAUUUUGAACAAAAAGACAUUUUUGAAAAUUGGAUGAUGACACAGAUGAUCAAAUAUAAUUGCUCUAUAGAUAUCGCAAAAUCCCUGCUGUCUUGGGUAGCCAGGAAAAAUAAUGGUAUUGUGGGAUAUAAGCUACUUGUUUCGUACUUGACUUUGUGUGUUUCUCAGAGUCAAACAACAGAGGUUAUCGAUGUCUAUGAAAUUAUAAAGUCUCGGUACAGAACUCUAGAACCUGAAGGUUAUACUCUUCUCAUCUGGGGAUUAAUCCAUUCAGAUAAGUGGAGAGAGACCCUGAUCCUGUUAGAAGGCAUCAAAAACAUCUUGUCUCCUUCAAAAAGGAAUUAUGGUGACUGUAUUGAAGGAGCUCUUCUUCACCAAGAAGUAAACUUAGCUUGGAAUCUGUACCUUGAAAUGCUUAAUCAUAGAAUAAUUCCUAAUUGGGAAACUCUUCAGGCUUUCUUUGAUUUUGCAAAAGGUAUGAAGAAUAAUCAAUUUGAAGGAAGACUCUUCGACAUCCUUUUAUAUCUAAGACACAAUCACAUGUAUCCUACUGAACCCUUUGCCCAAAGUAUAAAAGAAUGGUUUGAGAGUGGGCAAUGUUCAGCCUGUGGAAGAAUGUUAGAGCCUAAUCACCUGAACUCAGAAGAGUAUGAAUUUCUUAAGCAGAGAGUCCUGAAACAUGUGCUUGAUGGAGGUGAGCAAUACAGAAAAACAAUACCCAAGGAAAUUAGCAGAUUUGAAAACUUUAUUAAAAGUUGCUCUCCUUUUGAUAUUGUGAUUGAUGGACUCAAUAUUACCAAAAUGUUUCCUAAUUUUCCUUGUAUUACAGAUAAAUAUUACAGGUAUGAGGUGACAGCCUAUAUAAAGUCACAGGAUCAGGAUACAGAAUUUUACUUACACAGAAUGUUAAAGAGUUUGAUUUGCUUGGAAUAUGGAGUGGAUGAGGGAGAAUAA